CUUGCGUGACUUGCGUGAGUGUGGAUGAGUUGUGGAUGCACGUCAAGAAGGCAUAGUAGUUUUAGAAUGAAGUGUAAAACCUCAUCUAUCUUCUGCACCUGAUCGAGUAACAGCUUGAGGACUACAGUCGGUGCAGACCAGGGAGGUACAGCAGUCUAUAAACCGAUGCCACAAUGAGUCUGGUUCUUCAUGAUCUCCUGGCCUGCUGCAGAGGCUUGGAAAGUGACAAGGCUACAGAAAGGAAGAAAGAAACUGAACGCUUCAGAAGACUCAUUCGAUCUGAAGAGGUCAUUCAAGAAUUGGAUCGUAACUCUGGGACUAAAGCUAAUAGCUCCAAUCAGCUCACAUGGGAUGCUGUUUUCAGAUUCCUGCAGCGUUUUAUCCAGAAGGAGACUGAGAGCCUGCAGUCGAGCAAAUCCAAUGUCACAGCGACUACAUUGGCCACGCGGCAGAAAAAGAUGGCCGAAACGUGCAGCUUGGUCAAAUUCUUCAUUCGCCAUGCAAACAAACGUGGGCCUCGUCUAAAACGCAGCGAUCUGCUGAGACACGUGAUAGAGGUGCUGCAGAGUUCAUUUUGCUGCUCAGCGUAUGGAGAGAAUUACAGCAGCCUCCUUUUAAAGGACAUCCUCUCUGUCCGAAAGUACUGGUGCGACAUCUCUCGGCAGGAGUGGCAGAGUCUUUUGGAGUUGUAUUGCGGCUUGUUCAGCUCUUCCUUCAAAUCCAUCAACCGUGUGCUGCUGAGCAGAGUCAUCUACGCAGUGGUGAAGGGCUGCUGCACACAGGCCGAGGGAUUCAAUGACUCUUUGUUCAGCUUCUUCUCUAAAGCAAUGCUUAACGCAAGGCAGGAGAAACACCACAGUGUCCUGGAGCAUCUCGUCUCUGCUCUGAACAUCUUCCUGAGAUCUGCCGCCAUGAACUGUCGGAUGAGAGUUUGCCGUCUCGGUGAGGAGCUUCUUCCCUCUUUACUGAACGUCUGGGCGGGCAUGAGGCCGAGUGCGAACCUUAAGGAGGAGAUCGUGGAGUUCUUCAACCUGCAGCUCCGUGUCCACCAUCCGAAGGGAGCCAAGACACAAGACGCAGGUGCUCAUGCAGAGCAGUGGACCAGAUGGGGCAGUCUGCUGUACAGCCUGUACGACACUUUGGUCAGAGAGAUCAGCCACAUUGGCAGCAGGGGGAAGUACGUCACAGGGACCAGACACAUAGCUGUGAAAGACAACCUCAUUGAACUCACCGCCGACAUCUGUCACCUGCUGUUCAGCGAUGACAGUGAUGCCCAUGUGUUGGAGGUCACGCAAGCCUCCCUCAGAAGCACACAGAUGGCCAGUCCCACCCAGGGAGCUGCCAGCAAGCGACGGCGCGUUGAAAUGGGCUGGGACGUACUCCGUGACCAUCUGCAACCCCAGCAGAGUGACUUUGAUGUUAUACCAUGGCUGCAGAUUGCUGCAGUGCUUACCUCGAAGUACCCAUCCACAGUGCCCGCUAAGGAGCUGGUCCAGCUGCUGUCAGUGUUGUAUCAGCUCCUAGCAGAGCAGCAGAGAGGCAACAGGGGGCCAUACGUGCUGCGCUGCCUAAGGGAGGUGGCCCACUGCCAGGCCCACAUCUCUCAGAGAGCUCAGGUCUACAGGGCAGAGCUGGGCAGGCUCUGGGUUCGGAUAUGGCCCCAUGUGUUGCGUGGGGUCAGUUCGCCUCAUACGGAGUCCCUCAGUCUAGACCUGCUGGCCUCCAUCGUCCAUGGGGGGCUGAUCGAUAUGGACAGGGAGUUUUGGAAACUCUUCCGUCCAUCUGCAUGCAAACCAACCCAGAGCUCUGCACUCUGUCUUGCCCAGGCCAUGCUGACAUGCCCCAUCCCAAAGAGUGUUGCAUCUAGUUCAGGUUUUGACUUCAUGUUAACCCCAGAGGGGACUUCACCUAACCUGAAGGAGAGCCUCAUAGCCUGGCUGCUGAUGAGUGACCAGAAUGAUGAGAUGGAGGAUAGCUGCACACCUCACCCCAUUAUCUGCAGAGAUUUUCCUCAUAAUCUUAUAGCAAGUAUCCUGGUUUCGCUGACCUUCAAAGACACAAGAGUUGGGCUGAAGUUUCUGCUGGGUGCUGAAGGGAUAAAAAGUGCCUUUGUUCAAGAAGACGUUUCAUCCGAUGCCAAAGACAAGCUGGAAGUCAUUGAAAGAUUUUACCAGCAGUUCAGCUUCAACGCGCUGCUGCCGUCAGAGAUCAGGGCGACCCAUAAUGAGUCGGUGAAGACGGCGACAGAUGACAUUCAGUUGGCCGUUGUCCCCGCCCUCAGAAACAAGCUGGAGAAGAGCCUGCUUUCCAUGGCCGACAGUUUGCUCAGCUGCUCUCCUGAUUCCACCCCUCCUGAGUGCUUGGUGCGCUGUUUCAGCCAGCUGACAGGAGUGCUGGCAGGUUUCGUCUCAGCAGGACUUUUGACAGAGGAGGAGGCCUGUUGCUCACAGCUUUUCACCAAAGCAAAGGCUGUGGCCCAGGACCUCAGUGGGUUUAUUUCUAGCGUGAAAAUGAAAAUGAGUGAGGAGGGACCCAUGUCCACGCUAAGAUCGCUAAUGAAGCUUUGUGCACAGUGUACCAGCAGAAAACCCAUGGAUCGAGCUGGAUCAAUCUCCUCAGGUUUAUUUCUAAUGACUCUGCCUGCCAGCCUACUCAGUGAGCUGGCAGAGUUCUGCAAACUGCAUGUGUUGAACAACGUUCCUAAGCGUAUCAGCGUCACAGUUGAUGAUGAACAAAUGGAUGAUGAGUGUGAAACAACCAAAAAUCCUCAAGCUAGUAACGACAUCGACCUGUUUGAAGACGGCGAGGAUGCCCACAGCAGCACCAACGGGAGCCACAGACAGAAGGAGGACAACACUGACGCCUCCUGUGGCCCAGGUGCCAAAAGUCUGCUAACAGAAGACUAUCAGGGAAAACAGGACCUGGCUCUCCUUGCAGUCCUGGAGUUCCUGUGUGAGUGCGGCUCUGCCCUGCCCCUCCACGGCCUCCUUUUUAAACCUCAGGAGGUGCGGCGCAGGCUGCUGCUCUUGUUGAAGCAGAUUGACUUCAGCAAAGCUCUGCACCUCAACAUGUAUCUCGUCCUAUUGAAGAAGCUUCCUGCUGAGAACUCGCUGUCUCCAGAGGAGUUUGAUGCCCUGCUCCAACCUCUUGCGGACUUGUGUUAUUUGUAUCGUCAGGACCAGGAAAUCUGUGCUGCUGUGCUGCUCAGUUUGUUACCCUCCAUACAGAGCCUGGGGAAGACCAGUCACACACCCGAGGAGAUGAGACAUGUACAGGGAUCUCUUCUACAAGUCCUGUCUGGCUUCUGUGUCUUGAGCCAGACGGGGAAAUGUGUGGCGACUGUGCGAGCUGCUUUAGUUCAGUGUCUCGUCGCCUUGCUGGAGGCUGACCCUCUGUGUAACUGGGCUAUCCUAACUCUCAGAGGAGCUGAAGCGCAGCACUGUCCUGUAUCGUCCGUUCUUCCAUCUCAUCUCGCAGAUGCUAACCACCAAGUCCGCAUGCUGGUAGCUCUGUCUGUGGAGAGACUGUUUCUUGAUUUGAGACAAAAUCAGCCAGAUCAGAGGAAGAUGUUGCCACUAAAACACCAACAGGCAGCGUUUGAGAACAUCUACCUGAAGGCUCAGGAGGGGAUGAAGCUUCCGAGGGGCAGCUCCUCAGAGGACCAGCCGGACGAAGCGUUGAACCGCAAAGCCACCCUGCUGAGGAGUCUGUCUGUGGUGCUGUGCUGUAGCCCAGUGUGUGAGAAACAGUGUCUGUUCGCUCUCUUCCAGUCCUACAAAGAGAAUGACGUCGAGGAGGACCUCAUCAAAAAGAUGUUAUGCAGUGUGUCCAAAGUGCAGAGUUACAGGAGUGUGAAAACGUUCAUCACUUCUCACCUGUACUACCUGGUAGCAGAGUGGCUCUCACAGAGGCAGUCUGAUGACCGCUACACUCUUGGAUCUUUCCCCUACAGCCUGCUGGACCAUAACACAGUCAAAGAUUUCUAUAGCUCUUAUUACCAGAUGCUGAUCCCCCACCUGGUCUUCCUGGACGACUUCGAGCAGGUGAAGUCCAUCGGCCGGUGCCUCGAGAGGGACUGGAGGCAUUUACUGGCCGACUGUUUCCCCAAGAUGAUGGUGAACAUCCUGCCAUACUUCGCCUUAAAGGGCCAGGACUCGCAGGUCGCACAGCAGAGAGAGAAGGCCCACCGAGUGUACGACCUCCUCACAGAUGCCAGCUGUCUGGGCAAAAAGCAAAUUGACAGCCUGAUUCACAGUAAUUUGGCGGACAUCGUAGUGGAGCUGCUGACGACUCUGUAUGAAGGCGGUGCAGCAGAUGGAGACACAGGAGACCUGAAACAUUUUACUGGAGAGUUGGAUCCCGUACCAAAUCCACCGUACUUCAGCUCGUAUGUCAUCAAAGCCACUCUGGACUAUCUCAGCAAAUGCCAUGGCGCCAACCAUAGGUCUCUGGUGGCCAUUCUGUCUAAAACCCCGAUUUCCAUCCAGAAGAUCCUGCUGGCGGUGUGUGAAAAAGCAGCCGAGGCGACCAACAGCUAUGAACGCCACCGCAUCCUCCUCAUGUAUCAUUUGUUUGUCAGCCUGCUUCUCAGGGAGGUGAAGGAUGGUCUGGGAGGAGCCUUGGAUUUCGUCCUCAGAGACAUCAUCUACACUCUCAUCCACCAUGUCAACAGCAGACCACUUCAGUGUGAUGAGGUUUCCAACAGGAGCCUCUCUCUGUGCUGCGGCCUGCUCACCUCUGUGUGUCAGGCAGCACUGCAGUUCUGCGAUGACGCUCUUGACUGCCACCUUCAGGUCAUUGUGGGGACUCUCACGGCUCAGGUGACCAGUCAGCCUUUUAUUUCUCAGCAGGUGCUGAGUCUGUUGCAGUUGCUCAUAAUAGAGAAUCAGCAGAAACUAAAAGGAGCCAUCAGCAGGUUGGAGCCUUUCCCUGACAUCCCUGAGUUCAGGGAGCUGCGCUUAGUGCAGCACAAACUCAAAUAUAACAGCGGCAACUUCACACUGAGACAGGAAGUAACUCAUUUCCUAUCAGCAUCAUCGUGUGACUCUUUACCUCUGACCAGACUCGAGGGGUUAAAGGAACUGACUCGACAGCUGCAUCGCAACAAAGACCAGAUCCGAGAGCUGCUCAAAGAGUGCCACGCCAACCCCACUGACAGCGUGCUGGUGAAGCUGGUCCUCUGUCUGCUGCAGCUCUGCAAGCUGGCUGCCAAUCAUCCUGGAGGAGUCGACAUUCUAGUGGCUGCGGGCGCCUGUCUUGGCGAACUGGGUCCAGUUGACUUUUCCACCAUUGCACUCCUUCAUGGUAGAGACCCCUUCUAUGAGAGAGCCGCAUCUCUCUUCGCCUCCCAUGACUUGCAACAUCUUUACAUCAUCCUCAACUGCAUGAACGAUGCCCUCACACAGCAACGCAUUGAGGUGAGGCGGGCUGCAGCUCAGUGUGUGAAGAACAUCCUGGCCACUCAGUCUGGCAUCGACUUCUGGGGCCAACAUAAAGACAGCAGGGACCCUAUGCUGGCAUACCUCAAUCCAUUUAGAACAGCCAAAAACAAGGUGGUUGCAGUGAGUUCUGAGGAGAGUUCAGAGGCCAAAAGGAAGCUGGAGAGCCAGGAGUUUUGGAUCCCGCAGGCAGGGGGCCACAAGGCUUGGCUGAAGGUUCUGUGCACAGCGCUGCUGGAUAGUGGAGGGGUGAGGAGCGAGGCUCUGCUGCUAUCACGACCUCUGUGUUUGGUGAUGGUGGACUGCUGCCAGAGGCUGCUGCCACUCAUCAUCCACUCUAUCCUUCUGGACGACGCCAACGGUUUCUGGAGGGAACUGCUCUCCUUCCACAUUCAGGACUUCUUCAGCUUCUGUUCUAGGAGCGCUCAGGCUGCCAGUCGAUCCACAACUCCUCUCAAUUCUGAUUCUGAGUCGGACUCUGCAAGCCAGGGUUUGUACAAUAAGACCUCCCUUCGAACCAUGCUGGCUGUUAUUGACUACUUGAGACACCAACAGAGACCAGUGCAAGCUGAUAGUAACUCUUGCGGUACCGUGUGUGACUCCAACUUCUGGCUGGAGCUGAACUACCUGGAGGUGGCCAGAACUGCUCAAUCCUGCUCGGCCCACUUCACCGCUCUGUUGUACACAGAGAUCUAUGUGGACAAGAUCAGAGCCAACAUGGAGGAAAACUUCAGAACCAAGUCCAGAGCCACAUGCAAGAUCAAUUUCGAGGAGAACAGCCAAAACUUCACCAUCUCCAGUCUGACUGAGAGUAAGGAAGACACCAAUAUCAGUCUGCAGGAGCUGCUGAUUGAAGUGUAUCGCAGUAUUGGGGAACCGGACAGUCUUUACGGCUGUGGAGGAGAAACGAUGACCAGUCCACUCACCAGAAUCCGAACAUAUGAACAUGAAGCUAUGUGGGGGAAGGCCCUGACUUCAUAUGAUCUUCAUUCUACUCUACCUGAAGUUACCCGACUUGUAGGAAUAGUGGAGGGCAUGCAGAACUUUGGGCUGAGCAGCAUCCUCGCUACCUACAUGAGGGGAUUGGAGAGUGAAGGUGUAGAGUGGGGAGCUGAGCUGCGAGAGCGCCGCUUUCAGGCUGCCUGGAGGAACAUGCAGUGGGACUGUGAGCGGUCGGAGAGAAGUGAUCAAUCCAACCCUGGCUUCCAUGAAUCUGUGUUUUGUGGCCUCCAAGCACUGAGGGACAAAGAGUUCUCCAUAUUUGAUGACAUCCUGAAACGAGCCAGGGCGGCUGAGGUGGAAGAGCUCUGCAGAGGCACUUUAGAGGCGGUGUCUUCUCUGUAUCCGGCCCUCAGGAACCUGCAGAGCAUCAGGGAGCUGGAGAGCAGCAAACACCUCUUUGUUAUAUCCUUCUCUGAUGUGACUCUGAGGGAGGUUUGCAGCCAGUGGCGGCAGCACUCCCAGCUGCUUGCGGACAGUGACUUUACUGUGGUGGAGCCUAUUCUGGCUUUGCGCUCUGUAGCCCAGCAUACCCUGUUGUCCAAGAUGGAAGACCCAGAAAACAACCGCUACCUCAGCUCUGUGCUCACGGACCACCUUAUGGAGCUGUGUCGUUUGGCUCGCAAAGCUGGGAAUACACAGCUUGCAGAGCGUGCAGUCUACCAGAUGAAGCAGCACAGCGAUGGAGGGACCUGGGUAUCUUCUCCUGUGUUAUCAUGGCAGCUGGAGGAGGCGCAAGUGUUCUGGGUCAAGGGAGAGCAGGGUCUGGCUCUGGGCCUGCUGAGACAGAUGAUACACAGUCUAGAAGAAAAGGUUGAUUUUAAUCCAGCUCUCGCUCUGCUCUUCACUGAGUGCCUCAGGCUGUGCGGGAACUGGCUGGCUGAGACCUGCCUGGAAAGUCCUGGAGUUAUACUGGAAAAGUACCUGGAGAGGGCAGUGAAGGUGAUAGAAGGGGACUCGGGGGCCCGGGACCCCAGACUUCAGAGCCAGCGGACCGAGGCUUUCUUGUCUUUGGCUCGCUUCUCUGAUGCUCAGUACCAGAGCAUUGACAAGUAUAUGAACUCGUCCGAGUUUGAGAACAAGCAAGCGCUGCUGGAGAAGGCCAAGGAGGAAGUCGACCUGAUGAGGGAGCGCAAAGUGACCUCCAACAGGUAUACAAUAAAGGUGCAACGAGAGCUGGAGUUGGAUGAAACGGCCCUGGCCAACCUGCGAACGGACCGAAAGCGCUUUCUAUGCAAGGCAGUGGAGAAUUACAUCCAAUGUCUGGAACAAGGAGAGGAGCAUGACACCUGGGUGUUCCGGCUGGCUUCGCUCUGGCUGGAGAACGCUGACAUUAGAGGUAUCAACGACAUGAUGAAGAGGGGAGUGAAGCAGAUCCCAUCCUACAAGUUUUUGCCGCUCAUGUAUCAACUGGCUGCCCGCAUGGGAACCAAAAUGGCGGCCGGCGUCUAUGAGGACACGGGAUUCCAUGAUGUCCUCAAUGACCUCAUCUGCAAAGUGUCUUUGGAACAUCCUCACCACACACUCUUCAUCAUCUUCGCCCUGGUGAACGCUAACAAAGACGAGAGCUUCUGCAGGACGCGGCCGUCAAAAAGCGCUCCGCGGCAGACGUCACAGUUUGAUCUGGAGCGAUCGGAUGUGGCUCGCGAGAUCAUCGCUGUUGUCAGGAAGAAGCGAGGUGGGAUGAUCCGAGGGAUUGAGCGUAUGUGCGAUGCCUACAUCACUCUGGCUUACAUGGACGCUAGCAGGCACAAAAAUGAGAAGAAGGCCAUUCCCAUCCCUGCUGAUCAGCCCAUAAUGCAGCUCAAAGACCUGGACGAGGUGGUCAUCCCCACCAUGGAGAUAAAGGUAGAUCCGUCUGGUUGCUAUGAAAACCUGGUGACCGUUAGAUCCUUCCUGCCUCACUAUCACCUUGCCGGAGGAGUCAACCUGCCGAAGAUCAUCGACUGUGUGGGCUCUGAUGGCAAGAGUAGGAGACAGCUGGUCAAAGGUCAGGACGACCUACGGCAGGACGCAGUGAUGCAGCAGGUCUUCAGCAUGUGCUCCAUGCUGCUGCAGCGCAACACAGACACUCGCAAAAGAAAGCUGAACAUCAGGCGAUACAAGGUGGUGCCGUUUUCGCAGCGCAGCGGCGUGUUGGAGUGGUGCUCGGGCACGAUGCCCAUUGGGGAGUUCCUGGUGGAUCCCAAUAAAGGAGCUCACAAACGCUUCCGGCCUCAGGACUGGACCAGCCUGGCCUGCCGAAAGAAGAUGAUGGAAGCGCAGAGGCAGGGUUUUGACAAGAAGCUUGAGGCCUACAGUGAGGUGUGCAAGAAGUUUAGACCAGUCUUUAGGUACUUCUGCAUGGAGCGAUUCCUGGAUCCCGCGGUGUGGAUGGAGAAGCGGCUGGCUUACACGCGCAGUGUGGCCACAUCCUCCAUAGUUGGCUACAUUGUCGGCCUGGGCGACAGACAUAUCCAGAAUAUCCUGAUUGAUGAACAGACCGCUGAACUAGUGCACAUCGACUUAGGUGUGGCCUUCGAGCAGGGGAAGAUCCUCCCCACCCCCGAGACUGUCCCCUUCAGACUCUCCAGAGACAUAGUGGACGGGAUGGGGAUCACUGGAGUGGAGGGGGUCUUUAGGAGAUGCUGUGAGAAGACGAUGGAGGUGAUGAGGAGCUCUCAGGAAGCUCUGUUGACGAUUGUAGAGGUGCUGCUGUAUGACCCUCUCUUUGACUGGACAAUGAACCCUCUGAAGGCAUUUUACCUGCAGCACGACGAGCAGCAGGAGCUGAACGCCACCCUGAACUCCACGAUAGGAGAAGACCUCGACAACCAUCGUAAAUCCAGUGACAGUCAGAGCUUCAACAAGGUGGCGGAGAGGGUGCUGCUGCGGCUGCAGGAGAAGCUGAAAGGGGUGGAGGAGGGAACGGUGCUCAGCGUUGGGGGGCAGGUCAAUCUGCUCAUUCAACAAGCCAUGGACCCCACAAACCUCAGCAGACUGUUUCACGGAUGGCAGGCCUGGGUGUAACCCCUGAGAGAAAGGCUCCCAUUGAGGCUGGUUGUGCUCCUGCAGAACUCGUCUUCAGCAGAUCAGGACUGGACCGGCUUUGAUAAUCAGCCUCUGCCAACUGUUGCACUUUAUUACAAAGUCAUGCAUUGAAUGUAGCUGUGCUUGAAAAGGUGUAACGGACAGAUGUUCUGCAAAAGAGCUUGGUUUUUGUUUGUAAAUGAUUAUCUUUACCUGUGUUUGACCCAGUUUCAUGUCAAUAUUGACUAAGGUGGGAUGGUGAGACCUAUGCCACUGACUAUCCCAAGAGCAGACUUUAUGAAUGUACAAAACAUUUAGCCUGUGCAGUGCAUUUAAUCCUUAUUUAGCAGUUUUUAUUCACUUUGGAUUUUUCCUUCCUACUUUAUUAGAUUACUGAAGGUCUUAUUUCUCAGAGCUUAAAGUAAUGAAGAAGAACAGAAAAAUGUCAUCUUCAAUACAGUUUGUCCUUCAGAAGAGCUACUUUAGCCAAUAUCAAAAACUCAAUUUAUUUUAUUUUCUCUUUUAAUACCAUUGAUGUACUUUUUGGGACGUAAAAAAUAACGGAUCUGAAUGACUUGUGGUGUUCAAACACCUGCCGGCCAGAAAACUGAUAAAAUGGGAGCAAAGAAAUACGAGGAGAAGGUCUCGUCUCUGGUUUAAAAAAAAAACAGCUGGGAUUCAGAAUAGUUUGAAAAUGAUUCACUCGCAGUCUGGAAACGUUUGUAAUUGUAUUUGAAUGCUUGUCAUGUCUGGAUAAGCAUGGAAAAGAGAACAGAAAACGUC